ACCUUACUCUCCCUGCACUGCUGCCUAUUCUCUAAAUAACCUGUUGAUCCAGUCAAGCUAACACUCACUCAGCCUCAGGAGGCAACAGGCUCGGCUCCUCUUCCUCUUUUCUCCCGGACUUCUUCUGAGCUGGAGCUCCGGCUGAGUCACCAGAGAUCCAAGGAAAAACCUACCGGAAGGGGGAAAAAAAAAAGUGGAAACCCUCGCCUGACUAUCGCCGCAGUGGAAGAAGCAUGGACUGAAGACCUGUUUCUGUCGAGUCAUACAUGCGUGUAGCUGAAAGGGAAUCAUGUCAGCGAUACACACCUGGGCCUGUUUCCUCCUCUGGAUCGGCCUUGCCACACAGGACAAAACGCCAGACAUCACCGUGACGUGCUUCGUCUCGGAGGAGUGUUUGCUACCCUGCAGCUUCCAGCCGGGCAGCGAGGAGAUCAUCGAGUGGUUCAGACAGGACGUGGAGGUGUACAAGUUCAAGCGGGAGGAUGAGGAAAAGGAGGACGACGACAGCAGCGAAGAAAGCAGCGAAGAGCACUUGAAGAGCGAGCAGCUCUCCGACCGCGUCUCCGUUUUCCCUCAGUUGAUAGCCCGCGGCAACGCCACGCUGAUCCUCAGGAGGAGCGGUCUGAGGGACAGAGGCACAUACAGGUGUCAAGUUCACACCUCGAAGGGCGAACACAAUGCAAAGGUCGUCGUGAAGGUGGAAGCGCCCAUCCGAGGCCUGUCUGUGGAGCUGUCCAGGCUGAGCGGCUACGAGGAGAUGAAGUGCAUCGUCCGUGAUGUCUUCCCGGCCCCCCAUGUAACCUGGGAGACCGAGCCGCCCACUUUCGAGGACCUCCGACCGGUCACGCGCAAGCUGGCCGACAAACACGGGCUGUUCACGGUCGACAGCCGCCUCAGGAGGCUCAACGGACAACCGGACCUCAUCUACAUCUGUAAAGUCACGUCUUCUUACGGGGGUCCGACCUGGACCGCCUCACUCAGGGAAAGAGAAAUAAGAGGAGCUCAAGGGAGAGACCUGACCAUCCCCUGCUACGCCCCUCCUUACCUGAACAACCCCUUCCUCCACUGGAGCUUCACCAACGGCGAGGACCCCUCAAACAUCCUCACCUACGACAGCCAUUCGGGGAACAGCGUCUCCACGCCGCCCUGGGACAACCACGUGGAGCUGGACGGCUUCAGGGUCCCGUUCGGAGACGGCUCCCUGCGGCUGAUGGACCCAAAACACUCGGAGCACACGGGCAGCUACACCUGCGUGUUCUCCGUGCCGUACAACACUCACACCGAACACACCGACGUCACCAUCGACGAUCCUGCCGCUAAGCGAAAGACUCCAGAGGAGGCGUCCUACUGGUGGAUCAUCGGUCUGGUGCUCGCGGUGCUGGUUGUCGCACUGGCCGGCAUGCUGGCGUACCUGAAGGUGAAAGGAGGCACCUCAAAGCCCAGAAACGACCCCGAGGAGGUGACAGAGCUGCAUUCAGUCAAAGCCUCGGCAGCCGACGGUAACCAGAACGAGAGCAGCCCGCUGACGGUAGGAGGCACCAACGGACAAUCGGGCCUCCAGACAGGAUCGCCGUUAACCUGAGAAACAAACAGAAACAACAACGUGGCCAAAACAUCAACGAAAACUAACAAAAGUACUAACAUAACAAACACGCACACUGACGAGGAACUAACAGCUUCUUACAAACAGAGAGAUUAUUUAAAAAAUAAAAAAGUAUGUUAUUGUUUUUUGGCUGCUGUGGAUUUCAGAGGGAACCUUGAUAAAGAUGCUGAACUCUGAAAGCAUAAAAACACUUUCAGCGUCUCCAUGAAGGGUGUGUGGACUCUGACAGUGCAGCCAUAAACCUGUUUUUAUUCCAGGAACUAUUUAAAAGCCUGGAACGACCAAGGAGGCAACUUUAGGACCGCCCUGCUCGGUGAGCGGUGCUUUCCAACGGCCCAGGGAGCACUGGGGCAGAGCUCAAAGUGCUGAACGUCACUCAGUGGUCAAAAACAAACCUUGUGGCUGCUGCUUGUGUACAGAUCGAAGGCCUGGUCACACCAGAAAGCAUGCUGGGUAUCGACCGAAAUAAACAAGUACCAAGUAGUAUCGAAACGAUACCUGCAUUCGAUCCUUUCUGUGUCCAGAUUUAGAAAAUUAUUUUAUUAUUUUUAUGGUUUUUCUUCGAUUAAAUGCGACGUGUGAUUGGCCCACUACCACAACAGCUACUACCCAUACAGCCGGGAUUGCCUCCACAUGGCUCGCAACACUUUGCCCUCACAAAUAAAUCCAAUAACGAUGAUUCUCUGUUUAGGUAGACAUUACUCCUCUAUAUCUUUACAUAGUAAAUAGUUUUUCGCUGCUAUAUGUAUGCUCUGGAUAUUUAGCACCUUUAAAUGCUGGUGUGACGAGGCCUUUAUCGAGACAGUAAGCAAGCACUGGGACAAGGAAGAAGAUUUUUUUUAUACUGUUUUAUAUUGUCACGGUUCUUCAGAUGAAACAGGAAUGCACAAAAUGGAUGAUUUAGUUCCUGUGGUUCCUCAGUUCUUGGCACUUUUUUAAGUGGAAACGAGGCAUUAGAAGAACUUCAUCAAGUCAAGCUACACAGAGGCCGAGAAAACAAGAAGCUGCAUCACACAGCUCGUGACUGUGAAAAAAGAGCUUCUGUGUGAACUAAACCAGGUGAGGAUGUCGGUUUAUCACCUCUGGACACUAGUAGGGAAUCGGUGUUCUGCUCUUGGGACACUUGCACGGGCUGGAUUACCAAAAUAAAAGACUGACUUCCUGUUGGACUACCUGAACCGACAUGCUUCAUUUAAACCUUCACUGAACUUUGCUCAAAGAGGUGGAGCUCCUUCUGGGAAUUGUUUCAUGCCUGGAUUAUAAGAAUGAAUGUGAAACCACUGAUGUGACUGAACAAUACAAACCUUUAUGUUUGAGGUGGAGAAAUAACGUUUUAUAUUUGCCAAGAAAGCGUGGCAAUAUUGAAUCUGCAGCAGACUACAGCAGAGUGUCACACCUUGCCGUAAACACUCAUCACGUUGUCAUGAAUUACACUUGACCUCUUUCACAAAUGUGUCAUAAUUAAUGUAAUGUUAUUAAAAAGACUAAUCACUGAA